ACAAAACCCAUGAGCCGUAUGAUACCUCCGUACACACGAGAGACUCCCAUAAAAAGGGGUUUAAAAGCAGAACAAACUCAUCUCCAACACAAACUCCCUUUCCUCCUUCCUUUCCCUCUCGUAAAGAGGCUAUCAACACUCUAAACAUUCGCCCACGUGACUCUGACUACCCGAGGAUAGCCACCCUACCAGCUCCACGAUGACUACAACCCUCAAACCUCCCCAGGAACUACCUUACGGCAGCGCCCACCCCCUCCAAUCUCUUGAUCUCUACCACCAAAACCUCGACCCGAACACCUACUGGGUGAUUUUCAUCCAUGGCGGCGCCUGGCGCGACCCCAAAAUGACCAAAUCGAGCGGCCACCCCCUCAUUUGCUCUCUUCUUUCCAAAUACCCUCACCUCAACGCUGCAAGCAUAAAUUACCGCCUAAGUCCCCACCCAUGCUACCCUUCCAACGGCAACGUCGCCAGGCACCCCAACCAUAUCGAUGACGUCCGCCUCGCACUAUCAUUUUUGCAGGAGCGUUAUAGCAUGAAGAGAGAGAAGAGUGUGCUCGUGGGACAUAGUGCCGGUGCGUACAUGGCGUUCCAGAUCGAUGCUGGCUGCGGAGCGGCAGCAGCAGCGGUGGUUGGGGUUGAGGGAGUUUAUCACUUGGGGAAGUUGGUGGAGGAGUAUGCAGAUUAUGAAGAGUUUGUUGGAGGAGCGUUUGGUGAGGGGUGGAAGGGGGUUGAUGAGGAGGUUUUGGUGGAGGUAGAGGAUGGGAGGGAUGGGGGUGGAAGGGUUGUUCUCGUGCACAGUUCCCAGGAUGGGCUGUUGAGCUUUGGACAGUCGAAGUAUUGGGCUGGGGUGCUUAGAGGAAGAGGAAGGGUUGUCAGGGAGGUGUACGAUGUGGUGGGGAAUCACAACGAGGUUCUGGAAGGCGCAGAGCUAGUUGAGGUUGUUGAAGAGGAGUUGAAGGGGUUGGAGGUGGAAGCUGGGAAAGGGAAUUGAGCAGCUAGCACAGGAUAGGAGAAAGGCGAACAAACAAUGGCUAUUACGUUCUCACACGGCUAGGUUUUGGACGAUGGGAACAGCACUUAUACCGGUAUUUGCAUCUGAUGGAGGUCGGCUAUGAUCGUGCGCAGAUGUGGUCCUAGGAAGGUAUGUUCUGGUUCAUCAUUUCUAUAGAGGUUGCUAGCUACCGGUUCACUUUAUAGUGAAAACUCUGCUCGUACAU